AUGGUCAUGAAAAACGCAAAGAAUGGCGUCAUGUGGCGCGCAAAGUUCACUAAGGUGACUGAAGACAGGCACGAUGGACGUGCUACCCUGGUAAACAAGGGAGAGAUCAGGAAGUUGUGCAGUGUCGUGAACGAUGAGAUGCAGACACAAGUGAUGAACGUUCCGCUUCUUCGCUGUCCCAUUUUCCUUUCGUCGCUCUCGACUGUUGUCUCACUCUCGUGCGGAAUUGCUCGCCUCUCUCAUUCGCUUCAGUUGCUUCGCUUUCCUUCGGACAGAUCGCUCGCCUCUCUCGCUCGCUUUGGUUGCUUCGCUCUCUUUCGGACAAAUCGCUCGCUCGUUCGCUUCGGUGGUUCGCUUCGCUCGUUCCCUCGCUCAACUACAAGGUCUGUUGAUGAAAAUUUGGAGUGUCAUGUAGAUGAAACCAUUGUUGAACCAAUUGGAACUCAAAGCCGGAAAAGAGCCGCGCAAACUUCAACGAGGCAAGCUCGAGGAAAAAAAGAUAAGAAAUUGAGCACAAGAGAAGAGCUUGGGACACAAAUUAACAGGCUAGUUGCAGCUGUUGAAAGUAGGGGCAAUGCCACAGCCACAUCUCAAGCAACCACCAAUGUAGUCGGUCCUUACAAGGACCUCAUAGAUAUAUUGGAUACCAUACUUGAGAUUGUGGAAGACGAAAUGUUGUACUAUUUUGCAAUCUCUCAUUUGAAGGAAAAGAUUGACAAUAGACAGGUUUUUAUGAGCUUAAAGGAUGAUGCAAAAGGAGUCAAGUAUCUCAAGUAUGAGUUUGGAAGAGAGUCAGGUUUUCGUAGAUAAGAUGUUGGCAUCUUAUUGUUUUUAUGUUUGAACGGAGUCAUGCUACUUUUUUUCCUAUUUGAAGAGAGUAAUGUUACUUUGUUUCUGUUGAUG